UCUUCGUCUGUCUCUUUGUAUCUCUCUCCGGCCAGGAAGUCCAUCCGACUUGCCCUCUCUCUCUCCCCCUCUCUUUUACCGUCGAGGAAGGGCAGCGCCUUCCCCCACUCUCUCGCUUGCUUUAUCUUGUUCUCUCUGAUGCAAACAGGGAUAUCAUAAAAUUUACUAUCUUGAUCCUGAAGCUUACACUUCAAUGCCUUAAGCUCUCUUAGUCAUUGGUCACAGGUUCAAUGGGCCAUGUUACGGGUCAGGUUGUAUCAUCAGAAACCGUCUCUCUUUCGUUGGUUUCCUCCAUCUUCAAACGAUUCCUCUCCGCUGACAAUGGCACUAGUGCUGAGGUCUUCGCUUGCCUCAAACGGUCGUCUGCUGCUGUCGAUGAGCUCAUUCAGGUCAAAUCUAAAGGUGGUGCUGAAGGAGACCAAUGCACUGGUCAUGAGACCUUAGAGAAGAAGGCAUCUCGUGAUGGGCAUGGUGGGAGUGAAUCCAAAAAGCAACUAGGCCUUGAGGGAGACAUUGUAGAUGCCAAAAGGGGCAGUAAGUCUGACAAGCUCGGGAAGGUAGUUUGGAGAGAACAUGCAGGACACCAGCAAAGUGUAGAUGGGGAUAAGAGACCAAGAUCAAAGCACUCGCAAAGCGAAGUGGUGGGCUUGGAUGAUCCUAUGAAGGGCCAUAGGCAUAAGAAACGUGAGAAAAACCUAGAAAGCUUAGAUGGGAGUCACCAGCCAGAUUCCCUAGGGAGGGAUUCUGGCAAAGAGCAAAAGGAAAGGGAGGAUGAGGCUCCGGAGAACGAACGUGGGGAGAAGCACAAGAUGCGCCAUAAAGUUCACCAUGUCAUGGAUCACAACAUGCCAACAAAUGAGCUUGAGAAAGAGCUGAGGCAAAAGCACGUGAAAGAACCUAGUAAAAGGGACAACAGAUACCAACAAGUUCAAGAAGUUGCACAAUUUGGAGAUCCAACAGCAGGUAUUGUCAAUGGUGAGACAGAAAAGAAAAAGAAGAGGAAGAAAGAGAUUGGAGAAGGGGAAGAUGGAGGGCAGGAGAAUGAGCUGCAUAGGGACAAGAAAAAAAGAAGGAAAUAAAACCAGGAGCUUCAACACUGAUGACCCUUUUUCAUGGUUCCACCUCUCUGAGAGGUUUCCAGUACUCGUUUUUAUUUUCCCUUCUGAGUUUCUGGUUUACCAAAGAAAAUACAAGGUUGAUAUUAACUUCAUGUAUUACAAUUCUAAGGUGCAAAGUGGCUCUCAGUUAUGAUUUUUAUAAUUAUGAAUGGCAGUUAUGUCUUCUGCUGUUACCAGAUAAACAAUUACUUGUUUGUAAUUUCCCCUUGCUAUGUUAUUGACUUAUUGGCCUGUUUUGCUGCCA